AAGAUUAUAGAGAUCAGCCUUUCAAGACGUUCAAGGUUCAAGGCGCCACAGUAAACAUGUUUGGUGGUCACAUCAUUUUUGGAACACUUUUAGCGUGUUCUCUCUGCCUCCAUCUGGUCUAUACGGACACUUGUCCUGCUGGAGCGAUGCCUGGUUUGCCAGGUAUUCCUGGAUUUCCUGGCCGUGAUGGAAGAGAUGGGGUGAAGGGAGAGAGAGGAGAUCCUGGGAUUCCUCUCAAACCUGACGAAACCAUAAAAAAAGGAGAAAAAGGGGAGCCUGGAAUCAAAGGAAGGGUUGGAAAAAGAGGUCUUAAGGGGGAUUCCGGCAUAAUGGGACCACUCGGCCCCCCAGGAGAGCCAGGGGACCCAGGCAAUUCAGAAGGUUCCAGAUCUCCCCUGCAGUCUGCAUUCAGUGUGUCCCGUGCCACACGAACGUUUCCUGAUCCCAAUGCUGUGAUACGCUUCAGUACUAUUAUCACCAAUGUCAAUGGCCAUUUCAGUGUUGAAGAGAGCAAAUUUGUGUGUAAAAUUCCUGGCACUUAUUAUUUUGUGUUUCAUGCAUCGUCCAAAGAAAGAAGUCUGUGUGUAAUCCUAAUGCAUGAUGAUAAGAAGCUAGGUAGUUUCUGUGAUCACAUGCAAAAGAACAGCCAGCAGGUGAGCUCUGGUGGACUAGCUGUUUAUCUGCAAGAGAAUGAGAAAGUCUGGCUGGUGACAAACAGCUAUAAUGGCCUGUUUGCAGAAGGGAGGAAAGGCGACAGUGUUUUCUCGGGUUUCCUGAUUCAUGCACACUGAUUGAUUGUUGCACUGUUUUGAACUAUAAAGCUGAACAUGAAGACAUGCUUGUUAAACACGCUGUAUGUUUUGCUCAUAAGAAAAAUGCACACUGUUUCGUUUUGAAAUCUGCUGAUCAAAUCAAAUAAAAUUAUGCUUCAGUAAA